GUAAUAACAUAAACAGAAAAGAAAAUCACAUUUGGCGCGAAACUUCCCGCCAUUAAAAAGUGGGUAACUUACAAAUACAAGGAAAAUUGAGGAGGAAAAGGUGAAAGGAGAUAAAAAUGGGGAAAAAAAGGCAGUACUGGUUACUGAAAACAGAGCCAGGGGAGUGGUCAUGGGAGGACCAAGAAGCUAAUGGUGGCAUUUCUAAGUGGGACGGAGUGAAAAACAAGCAAGCCCAGAAGUAUAUGAAGUCGAUGAACGUCGGAGAUCUCUGUUUCUUCUACCACUCUGGGUCCAAAGCCCGGCGCGUUGUCGGCGCAGUAUCAGUGAUGCGUGAAUGGUACACAGAUGAUGAUGGUGGUGGCGGCGGAGCGGUGGAUGUCAAGGCGGUUGGAGAGAUGAGGAGGGCUGUGGACCUUGCGGAGAUGAAAAAGGAUCAAGGGUUGAAGGGUUUUGGGCUUUUUAAACAGCCUAGAUUGUCUGUUGUGCCUGUGGACAAGGUUUUUUGGGAUAAGAUCUGUGAAAUUGGUGGGGGAUUUGAGGGUGAUGGUGCUGUAGACCGUGAUGACUAAGUUUUAUAUAUCAGGUGUUUGCUUUUUUGCUUAAGAAAAAAGUUUAGCAGUAAUUAGGUUUUGCAAAAGAGUCGGUGGCUCUAAUGGGUAUGUAAAGACUGCAUGUUAUUGGUAUUUAUAUAUUCACUUGCUUAA